GCGUCAACUAAUCGUGGACAAAAAAUUGUUGGCCUCCCAGUCCAUGCCAUGCCAUGCCAUGUCUCGCCAACCUACGCCUCGUGCAAUUACCACCAUGCCUGCCCCAGCCCUCUUUCUCUAUCUCAAAAGCACUAUACGUCUACGCUCCUCUUCGCCUCCUCCGUUUCCGCCCUGCCCCAUAAAUGGGCGCGCACUACCGCCACCGCCACCGCCCUAAGAAUCCCCAGACGACCCCCCAACUUCUCCUGUUCCGCCCCCAAUAGCCACGCCACACACGUUGCUGGCAGGGUGGAGGCUAACCCCCUGCUUCCCGGUGCACGAUAAGUCUCCCUAUUAUUAUAGCAAGCUAGGGUUUCCUGGCCACAGAUCUUCCUUUUCUUCUCAACGAGGAGGAGGAGGAGUCACUCGAAUGGGUUUCGAGAACAGAACCAGCCAUUGGCCGCCGCCUCAGGACAAUGCCUCUCCGCAGGACCUCCGCCAACCACCGCGUUCGCCGGAACACAAGCUGCUCACAUUGCCCACUAUCUUGACCAUAUCUCGAGUCGCUGCCAUUCCGCUUCUCGUUUCAACUUUUUACAUGGAUAAUUGUUGGGGAACAACUGCUACGGCAAGUAUUUUCAUAGCUGCGGCAAUUACAGAUUGGCUUGAUGGAUACCUUGCUCGCAGAAUGAGGUUAGGAACUGCAUUUGGUGCAUUUCUAGAUCCAGUAGCUGAUAAGCUCAUGGUUGCUGCCACCUUAAUCUUGUUGUGUAGCAGACCCUUGGAGGUUCCUAUGUUUGCUCAAAUGCAAUGGCUACUGACUGUACCUGCAAUUAUGAUAAUUGGUAGAGAGAUAACUAUGUCUGCUGUUAGAGAAUGGGCUGCUUCUCAGAAUAGUAAAUUUUCAGAGGCUGUUGCUGUAAAUAAUUUGGGGAAGUGGAAAACAGCCACACAGAUGACUGCACUAAUGAUCCUCCUGUCAACCAGAGGCAGCAGUCUCUCAGGGUCUGGGACUCUUGUAGCUUCUGGUGUUGUUUUGCUCUAUAUCUCUGCGUGGCUUUCUCUGUGGUCCCUAGUGGUUUAUAUGAGGAAGAUAUGGAAAGUGUUGUUGAAGUGACUGAGACCUUUGGCUUGAGCUUUCUCUACUCAUCACUUGGAGGUCUUAUCAAUCGGUUUUUCCCUGUUAGGGGUAUACGUACAGUAACCUUAAAGAGUGGAUACAAGGGGAAGCCACACACUGUAUGUUAAUAAGUUUUAUUACUUGCCAUAGGAAUUUGGUUGGAAGAGUCAGUUUCACUAUCCACUCUUAAGGCUGAUUUUCCUUGUCAAGCCAGCCACCAACCAAGUAUAUAUGUUUGAGACAAUGGCAUACUUCCUCCAAAUAUUUUCCUUAGGGAAGCCCAGCGUUCUUCUUGAAGACUUAAAUCAGUUUAAUUUAGAUGUUAUUAUUGCACUCUUGUGGAAACUUUUUGAUGUUAGGGAGUGUUCAAAAUAUGAAUGAUUAAAGAAACAAGAAGAUUAUUUUCAGAAAAA